CUUGUGUCCAGUAAGUCAGUAGCGGAGACGGUGUCUGAGCAAGUAAAGCUUGGUUUUACAACCGCGAUGGUAUAUUGUGUGUGUACAUUGCAAUCGGUAUUUUUAUUUCCCGUAUUACGAAAGAAAAUAGUCUCGACCAUUAGUUUCGUCUCAGAAAAUAAAAUAUUUAACUUACAUGCCGGUUAAAUUUUCUAUUUGAACAACUUUUUGCAAGUACAGGUGUGUGUGAUCCCAGUGUCAGCAGAGACACAUGCAACCAAAAUAGGCAUUAAAUGACGAAAUCACGUUCCAAUGGUAUAAAAUGAUUAUAAAUACUGUGCUAUUCGCAAUUGCGCUGUUUGAUGUGUCUACUGCCUCAUCGUCAGCUUUAAAAUGGGAAACAAAUGCAGGGGACAAGUCUAAUGCUAUGUCUGUGAUAAGAGACAAAAGGGAGGAUGAUGAAGAAAUUGGUUGGUCGACAAUAAACGAGGAGGUUGAUACUGUGAUACCACUGCUGUUGCAGCAUUUACAAAAACUAGGAAUCGAACACCUGCAGUUGCCAGACAUAAAUGAAAAUUUGACUGUGAAGCCUCUUCUAAUAACGUAUGAGGCCGGGCUGUUUCUAACAAAUGGUAUCGUUUACAAUUUGGCAGGAAUACAACGUUACGGUCCAGCGUAUAUGACCUACAAGGACAAAUCGUUUUUAACGCGAUUCUACCUAAAUAUAAAAAGUUUACAGUUUGAAUAUAACUUUUUGCUAAAACUGAUGGCCUUGGAAGGAUAUGGAAAGGUAAUUGGAUCAUUAGAGGAUACCAUUAUCUAUGCUGAACUGGCAAUAGACAUUGUUACAUUCAAAAUGAAGCUGUACGAUUUUCGUGUGAUUCAGUUUAGAAAUAUACAAGUUCAAUUGAAUCAAACACGAUUCAUUCGACAUUUGACUGGAGUCAUCCUCAGUCCAAUAACAAACCUCUUUAAGGAUCGUAUUACGACUUCAAUAUCGGAUGGUCUCAAGGAACAAAUGCAGACUGUCAUGGAUGAUUUCAACAACGAAGAUCCAUUGGAACUAAAUAACUUUGUGAAACAAGUUCUCGGGGGUUUGACGGGCAAUAAAAACUAAUAACGUGCUGUUUCCCAUUAAA